ACCUACAGAAAGAAAUAACGAAAGUUCAAACAAAAAAAAAAAGAUAAAAAAUUUAAAAAAAGGAAAGAAAAUGGGAAAAUCAGUUGUUAUUUUCAUUUGCUUGUUCUUCUUGCUAGGGCUUACUCAAGCUUCUGAUGAAAAACCUGAAUUCUUUGUAGAAGGAAGGGUUUAUUGUGAUCCUUGUCGUUCACUAAUCAAACACAACCUUACUAAGCCCAUAGAAGGUGCCUCUAUAUUUAUAAAAUGUAAGAACCCCGAAACUAAACAUAUCACAUUCAUGACAAUGGAUAAGACGAACGCCAACGGAAUUUAUCGGGUGCAUGUAGAAGGAGAUUACAAGAAUGAUAUUUGCAAGAUCGAAUUGCAGUUUGGUGAUAAUGAAGAUUGCAAAGAGAAUCCAUGUGAAGAAAAUUACAAUCAAACAUUUAGGAUUUCUCUCACUCACAACAAUAAUACUAAUGGAAAUGUACGUAAAGUCAAUGAUUUCUUUUACUACCCUAAAAGAGCAGCACUUAAAGAGUGUAUACGAGAAUUCAAGAAUAUGAAACAUAUGCCUCAAGUUCAAGAUAUCGAGUGUGCAUUAUUCACUGACAUGUAAUUUUUGGACUAGUUGUUGAAUGAAGACAAAAUAAGUCAUAAAAAGAGGAAAAACUUAUUUUGGGGGAUAGGGUCUAUUAAGCUCUUAAAUAUGCUUCUGAGAAAUUUUUGUAUGUAAUGUGCUUUCUCAUAAAGAAAAUAAAUGAAUAAAUAAAGCACCUCAUUUUGGUUAA